UAGCACAUCCCUCCUCCAGGUGCCGCCGAGACGAUGCCUCACGAUCUCGCUCCCCCGAAGGCAGGCCAGAAGUCAUUGAUGUUCGACCGUCUCCACCAGACUCCCAAAGACGUCCCCGAAGGCCUGCGGACGCCCAAGAGACAGCACUCGUCGAGAUUCGACAUUUCACCCCAGCGCGAGCUGGAGAAACUGCCCGGCUUUCACGAGGUACCACCCAAUCGGCGCCAGGAGCUCUUUAUGCAGAAAAUCGACCAAUGUAAUGUCAUCUUUGACUUUAAUGAUGCAAGUGGCGACAUGAAGUCCAAGGAGAUCAAGCGCCUUGCUCUGCACGAGCUUCUCGACUACGUCGCCAACAACCGCCAGGUAAUCACGGAACCCAUGUACCCGCGUGUUGUUGAGAUGUUCGCCAAGAAUCUCUUCAGACCAAUUCCUCCUCCCAUGAACCCGCAAGGGGAAGCGUUUGACCCCGAGGAGGAUGAGCCUGUCUUGGAGGUCGCCUGGCCGCAUAUCCAAGUUGUCUACGAGUUCUUUUUGCGAUUCAUCGAGAGCCAAGACUUCAACACCAACAUUGCCAAGGCUUACAUCGACCACAGCUUCGUGCUCCAGCUUCUAGAGCUCUUCGACUCGGAAGACCCCCGCGAGAGAGAUUUCCUCAAGACGACCUUGCACAGGAUCUAUGGAAAGUUCCUGAAUCUCCGGUCCUUCAUCCGUCGCUCAAUCAACAACGUCUUCUUCCAGUUCAUCUACGAGACAGAGAGGUUCAAUGGUAUUGCCGAGCUGCUCGAGAUUUUGGGCUCCAUCAUCAACGGUUUUGCAUUGCCCCUCAAGGAGGAGCACAAGCUUUUCCUCACCAGGGUGCUGUUGCCCCUGCACAAAGUCAAGAGCCUCAGCAUGUAUCACCCUCAGUUGGCUUACUGCAUAGUGCAAUUCCUGGAAAAGGAUGCUUCCCUUACCGAGGAGGUUGUCCUCGGCCUAUUGCGAUAUUGGCCAAAGGUCAACAGUACCAAGGAAGUCAUGUUUCUUAAUGAGGUCGAGGAUAUAUUCGAGGUCAUGGACCCUGCCGAAUUCGCGAAGGUCCAAGAGCCGCUCUUUCACCAGCUGGCCAAGUCCGUCGCCAGUCCUCACUUCCAGGUCGCUGAGCGAGCCCUGUACUUCUGGAACAACGAGUACUUCUGCAACCUUGUCAGCGACAAUGUUGAGAUCAUAUUGCCCAUCAUGUUUGCGCCGCUCUAUGAGAAUUCGAAAGGACAUUGGAACAGGACGAUCCAUGGCAUGGUUUAUAAUGCUAUGAAGCUUUUCAUGGAAAUCAAUCCUCAGCUUUUCGAUGACUGCUCUCACGAGUACACGGAACAACAGAACAAUGCCCCAGCAAGAGAGGCACUAAGGGAAAGAAAGUGGCAGGCCAUCAAAGACCAAGCUGGAAAGUGGAAGCCAACCAACGGUGCCACCGAGGAGCAAAGUGAAGACAACCAGAAGCGGCUCGACUCGCUGAAACUGGAUGGCGACAGGAGAGAUCGUCGUCCCGCUCAUGAGCGACAAAACUCGGUAGGCUCCUCCAGAAGCCGGUGAUUUGGUGUUUUUGGUCAUUUUCUUUCGCAAAUCUUUUCUGCGCUCCUCAUUCAUGAUAGACUUCUUUUUAAGCGAUUAUGACCUGCUUAUGACCAUUGUUCUACGAUCUUCACAACAAACGGCUCGCUUCCCUUCGUACGGCCUCUCCCCCUUUGCAAUGUAUUGCUUUUUGCUUCGCCUUCGACACAAACCCCGUCUGGUUAGCGCUUUCGGGCUCCUCGAUGUUAACCAUGGAUUC